CUAGUCGUCCAGCUGACUUUGUAAAAUGGAAGUGAGCUGGUGACAUGAAUAAGCUCCCUUAAUUAGAGAUCUAGACUCAAAAGGACUCGUGGUUAUUCCAGGUAUGAAGAAUUUGCAAGACUUCAGCCUGAGUGUGUUUCAGUGCGGUGGGUGGAGCCAGCCUUCCUCAUUAGAAUAAGGUAAACAGAUUCAGCCCAGUUAUAAAUGGAAAAAAGAUGUGCCCUUGGUCACUGAGGGCUGCAGAGAGUGGUGUCUGGCUGGAGAGCUUGGGGCAGUGGAGAGAAGGGGCCAGAGCAUGAGUUCCAAGUCAAAAUUCGUAGGGGUCAUUGGAGUGCCUUUCUCAAAGGGCCAGCCACGAGGAGGGGUGGAAGAAGGCCCCACAGCGCUGAGAAAGGCUGGCCUGCUGGAGAAACUGAAAGAACAAGAGUGUGAUGUGAAAGAUUACGGGGACGUGCCCUUUUCUGAUGUCCCUAGUGAUCCUCCCUUUCAAAUUGUGAAGAAUCCGAGGUCUGUGGGAAAAGCGAAUGAGCAGCUGGCUGGCGUGGUGGCGGACGUCAAGAAGAGUGGAAGGACUAGCCUGGUGCUGGGUGGAGACCACAGUAUGGCGGUUGGAAGCAUCUCUGGCCAUGCUCGGGUCCACCCAGAUCUCUGUGUCAUUUGGGUGGAUGCUCACGCUGAUAUCAACACUCCACUGACAACCACAAGUGGGAACUUGCACGGACAACCUGUGUCUUUCCUCCUGAAGGAACUAAAAGGAAAGAUCCCUGAUGUACCAGGAUUCUCCUGGGUGACUCCCUGCAUAUCUGCCAAAGAUAUUGUGUAUAUUGGCCUAAGAGACGUGGACCCUGGGGAACACUACAUUUUGAAAACUUUGGGUAUUAAAUAUUUUUCAAUGACCGAAGUGGAUAAACUGGGAAUUGGCAAGGUGAUGGAAGAAACACUCAGCUAUCUACUAGGAAGAAAAAAAAGGCCAAUUCAUCUGAGCUUUGAUGUUGAUGGAUUGGACCCAUCUGUCACACCAGCUACGGGCACACCAGUUGUCGGAGGUCUGUCUUACAGAGAAGGUCUCUACAUUACAGAAGAAAUUUACAAAACAGGGCUACUCUCAGGAUUAGAUAUUAUGGAAGUGAACCCAUCUCUGGGGAAGACACCAGAAGAAGUAACUCGAACAGUGAACACAGCAAUAGCAAUAACCUUGGCUUGCUUUGGAGUUGCGCGGGAGGGUAAUCAUAAGCCUGUUGACUACAUUAACCCACCUAAGUAAAUGUGGAGACACCA